GCAAACCGCAAAUUCCAUGAUUCUCACGAGCUUCAAGACCGCUGCCAUCCAGGAAGUUCGCAAAAUAAACGUUAAUUUGCUGUUGCGAAACAGGCAGACAGAGUUGCCAGUUGAAGAAGUCGUAGCUAGACUACUUGAACAUUAAGGAAACGAAGACGUCAUGCAGCCCUCUAAAGACGUCUGUUGGUCCUUGACAAUCUGGAUGGUCCACCUUGCCUUCAUGGUUCUCACUGUUCAAGGUCAAGACUGCUCCAAACCCAUACCGUUAGAAGGGUCAAACAUGGUUCUUAAAUCAACUCAAGAGACAUUUGGAGAUGGAACAAAAGCAACUUUUGAGUGUGCAAUUGGAUAUGUCAGUGCAGGAGGGUCUCCAUCAGUCACCUGUACUGCUGGCGUGUGGAGUACAGUGAAACUGACAUGCGAAUUAAGGCCGUGUGGCUCACCAGGAGAAGUGCUAAACGGCCGAUAUAAUCUCUCGGGGGUUCUGUUUGGCGCCAGGGCUGUUGCUUUCUGUGACACUGGCUAUACACUUGUGGGCAGCGGUGUAAGGAACUGUUUGGUUGGAGGCUGGGAUGGCAGAGUUCCUGUAUGUGAAGUGGUGAAGUGUGGAAAGCCCCCCACCAUUGUCAACGGUGGACCUGUUAUCCCACCUGAAGACGAGUACAGCUAUAGAAGUGUUGUGGAAUAUAGCUGUGAGAAGGAAUUCACUCUGUCUGGAACUAAAUCCAUAGUCUGUGAAAAGGACGGAGAAUUCCAGCCAGCUCCACCUGAGUGUAAAAUGGUUUCAUGUCCUGCUCCUGUUGUUGAGAAUGGCGUUAGGAUUGAAGGUCGUUCGCCACCCUACAAGCACAAGUCUUUUGUGACGUAUAAGUGCAACGAUGGAUAUGAGAUGAUGGGAGAGGCCAGUCUGACAUGUGAAAUAGAAGGCUGGUCAGCUUCUAUUCCCACAUGCAAAGCAACAGAUGGUGCACCUGGUCCUGGUCCCACAGAUCCACCAGCGGCCAACAAACACACAUGGAAAAUAGUAGGGGGUGUUCUAGGUGGACUUGUCAUUGUUUGUAUUAUAGGAUUUAUAAUCUACAAAUAUACAGCACGUACCAGACAGGCUGCUGUGAUUUAAUGUACUACCCUCCUGCUUAUGAAUGUAGUAGCCCCUCCCAAACACCGCGUUCAUAUCCUUUCAAAGGAAGUUCUAUUACAUGAUGUUUAGAAACCUCAUGAUGAAGAAUGAAUUGGUUCACUCUCAUUUGGAAGCUUGUGCUUAAUGAGUGGCCAAACCUGAUUAUUCAAUAACUAUUCAUGUUUCCAGUGUACUUCACAAAUAACAGUUUUGCCCGUUUUGAAAUGAAGGGAAUCAUAUCCAUUAAGAUGCCCAGCAAGACUCACAGUAUAGAUGCAUCAAGUGCUGUCAUUUCUAAACAGUAAAACAGAUUUGAAUGAAAAUACCCUCAAAUAAAUGUGGCAUUCUGUACUGUCGCCUCAUAUCAAACAUUUGAUCUAACCUGCUGGAGUAUAGAUCCUAAUUUAAGUUUUAGAUUCACUGACCAAAUAAAUACAUAGAGGAGUGUGUUUGACGCAACGUCUUAAUAUAAGUCAUGCCACUGAAGGUCAACAUAUUGGUUUGCUAGAGCAGGUUGCAGGUGUGUUGAAACACUCAUAUCAUGGAGCUCAAGAGCAAAGAUGGUUCAUUUAGCUCUAGUCAUUGAAUUUGAAAAGCUUGGUUUUACAAGGAGACCAUGCUUGAAACACUAAAGUAUACUUUUGAGUGUGUUUAGCUCUUUGAGGGAUCAAGGACUCUGGCUCAUGAUCCAGCUUUGGAAUCUUUAUUUGAACUUCUAGCCUAUUUGUAUUGUUCUACUGUAGAUAAGCCAAGGAAAGAUGCAUUUUUAAAAAGUAAAGACAUUUUGUUUUAAUAAAAAGAGAAUUAGAUGCCUGUAAUGUUCCAAUGUCUAUUUCCAGAGAUGAAUCAUGUUUGAGACUUUUUCCCCUGUAAACUGUUCUUGAAUAUGUCACAUUGAAUGUGUGAGAUUCAUUAUGGCAACUGGCUGAAGUAUAUUGAGCAAAUGUAUUGGAGUUCUGCUAUUCAACCACUUCUAAUUUAACAUCCACCGUACCUGACAGCUGAAUUGCUGCCUUUCAGUAAAUGCAAAUCUCUUGCAAUAAGACCACCGGACCAUGGUGUUCUAGGAGGAAGCCUGCAGCUCUCACUAAUAGGAGGCUAAAAUGAAUCAGUUUUUGUCACAUGCACAGAAUAGCGCGUGUAACAGUAGUAGAAUGCUUACUUCCUCAACAGUGCAGAGUAAAUAUAAAGUAGAAAAACUCACUAUACAAAGUAGAUGAAUCAGCACAGUGAAUUUUGAAUGUUAAGAGUUUUAGAUUCUUUACUUUGCCUUAUCAAUGGAAAAGACACACCAUUCUGCAGUUAUACCCUGUAUUUAUUUGAUAUCUUGACUGACAUUUUCCACUCCCCUCUUUAUUCCAUUGCUUGGUCGUCUCAUAGUGGUGGUCUUUACAGCUUCUUUUUUUGUUGUUGAUGAAAAUGCUAUUUAAUUUCUAAUGUAUUUUGUAGGAUCUAAUCAAGUGGUUGCUUCAUAUGAACCCAUGUUGUUAUUUAGUAGAGCACAAUGUUAGGUGAAUAUAAAAGUAGGUUUGAUCUUAUUCUGGUCAAUGUACCCUACUAAAUAAACAGCAGUGUUAAAUGUAAAACAGCAUGUUUUCCAAAUGGAAUGAAAAUACGUGUUCCAAAAGGUCAUCUUUCAUUAUAUCUAAGACAACUAUCGAACAGGAGCAAUUUUAAUGAAUAAAAUGAAGUAUUAAUGUGUGUUUAAGUAUAAUGUAGAUCUCACCACUAAUGUUUUUUCUUCUUCACAUGUUUGAUUUAAUGUACCAAUCAAUAAACAUCGCUCAUUUAUACAUGAA